CUUUUUGAUGUGAAUGCUGUAGGGCUCAUAGCUGAGGCUCGGGAUCUAAGUCUUAUUCUGAAUAUCAUGAACCCAAGCUUGCAGCUCUGAUGGAGAGGGGAAGCCUGGACAAUCUGUCAGUGAUCGCUGCAAACUUUUGUUGGGACUUUGGAAGGGCAAGCAUUGCACGAUGCACGGGCGGCAUUGCCGGCCCUUCGGACUAGGCAAUGCAAACCCUGCGCCACGCUGACAAACAGACAAGGCUACCUUGGGCGCUACCAACAAAGUAGCAUCGCUCGGUCAUUCCGUCGUCGAACUCGAACAUCCGCAUGGCAAACUUCUAAAAAACCCAACGAUUAAUUCGAGGCCUGUCAGCACUCGUUCGCUUGGCGUUUCCUGGCUCACCUCCCUAUAUAUGUAUACAAAUAAACCCCACAACAGCCACACGCAAACCACAGACGAGCCGAUUCGAAGAUCAGCUACGCAAUCAGGCAUGGCGGAGAGGGAGGGCGGCGUGGUGAAGAAGGGGCACGAGGAGGGCCUGAAGAUGGCGGUGUCGCUGCUGGAGGAGUUCGGGCUCCCGCUGGGCCUGCUGCCCCUGGAGAACGUGAUCGAGGUCGGGUUCGUGCGCGCCACGGGGUACAUGUGGAUCGCGCAGCGGAAGAAGGUGGAGCACCAGUUCAAGCUGGUGAGCAAGCAGGUGAGCUACGACGUCGAGAUCACGGGCCUCGUCAGCGCCAAGCGCAUCAAGAAGCUCAAGGGCGUCAAGGCCAAGGAGCUCAUGCUGUGGCCCCCCGUCAACGAGAUCAUCGUCGACGACCCGCCCACGGGCAAGAUCCACUUCAAGAGCCUCGCCGGCGUCACCAAGACCUUCCCUGUCCAGGCGUUCGCCGCGGGACAGUAGCUGCUGCCGCGCCCGCGCACGCACACACAUGCUGUGUCGGUGUGGGAAGCCUUGCUUUUGCUUUUAAAUGUUACACCUUACUACACGCCUCGUUGCUUUUGAUGAUUUGCUGCAUAAAAAGGCCUGCUUAGUGCUAAACCAUG